UCUAUUAUUACUACCCCGGCUGAGCACGGGCUGCCAUUGUUUAACGCUCAAGUCUUUAAAGGACUUAAUUCCUAACAGGUACCGAUUUACCUCACCUGGUUGGAAAGUGACAUAUAUAGAUGAAUGUCUUCACGAAAGGACAGUGGUGAUGCGACAGGGAUUCGAAUCCCGGACCCUGCGGUUCGUAGUUCUGAGACAGCCCUGAACCCCAAUAUCUCUCCAAUACUGACAGAAUUUGUUUUAUGUCUUUCAAAAUCAGCUUGGACCUGUCCCGAUUCAAGAUGCUGUCCCGAUUCGUGGAUCUAUUUCAGAAGCAGUUGCUAUGGUUAUUUUCCCGAAAAGGUGACCUUUCACCAAGCCUUGUCGAACUGUCGUGACGUUAUCACCAUGGAAGGACAAGCAGACUUGAUGUCCAUACAUAGUCAGGAGGAAUUGGAAUUUAUCAUGAUUUUCCCUGGGGUAUCUUAUUACCUGUGGUUAGGACUCUAUCAACCGAAUGAAGGCUUGACUGAGCCGUUCAUAUGGACCGAUGGUUCACCCGUCAACUACACCUCCUGGGUUCCCGACUCACAACCUGAUUACUCCGACCCAGAUGAAAACUGCGUGCUUAUGCAUCCACACUUGGCCGAGAGAUGGCAAGAUUCCUCGUGUGAAGAAGCCAUGCAUUAUGUCUGCAAGCUUGUUUUCAGUCUGUAAUAAUUUCAUAUCAUUUCAUUUAUUUAAAGCGAUUCUGAACAGAUGAACUUUCUGCCUAUAUAGCGUACAGUUUAUUGCACAGCGCCAUCUCAUGGUCAACUCUCCAACAGUGCGUUACCCAAAACCAUUUCCCACUUUGCCGACCAAGGACUUGAUGCGAGAACCAAUAGCACCACUAGAGAGGCAGCAAGUAACGGGACCACACUGCUACGGCUGACCUGAGAUGGUGCUGGAGAGGAUUGGCGGUAGUGCUUCUAGUUCAGUAUGGCUUUAAUUUCCACAUUUAAGUAAAUAUAUGCACACACAAAAUUAUAAUAAUGAUAAAAGAAUAUAUAAUGAGUAAUUAUUUUUUAAAUAGAUAGUGAAUGCAAUAACAUUCAUGCCUUUUAUUAGUAUCGAUAUAUUGUGUUUAUUGCUUGGUGUGCUUUAUGUUGUCUUUAGGUAUGAAUGCUUCUAAACAGUACGGGAUCAUGGACAUAAGUUUUAAACAAACUUUUUUGAUCCCGCCACUUUUAGCCUACAUUGUAUGUUUUUCAAGUCGUGUAAAUAUGUCCUUUUUAUCUUCUUUAUGAUUUGCAUGUAUUUGAUGUUUGUUUACUUUAUAUAUUUCUACUUUUUUAUAUAACUGAGUUUCUGUAUUUUUAAUGCAAAUGUGGAAAUAAAUUCAAUUCAAUUCGAUUCAAUUUCAUAAAAUGCAAAGGAGUA